AUGGCAUCAUCCUCCAAUUCACCGUGUGCAGCAUGUAAAUUUCUCCGUCGAAAGUGCCAGCCAGAAUGUGUCUUUGCACCAUAUUUUCCACCGGACCAACCCCAGAAGUUUGCAAAUGUGCACAGAGUUUUUGGAGCCAGCAAUGUAACAAAGUUGCUCAAUGAAUUGCAGCCCCAUCAGCGAGAGGAUGCUGUCAAUUCCCUAGCUUAUGAGGCCGACAUGCGUCUCCGGGACCCUGUUUACGGCUGCGUAGGGGUCAUUUCCCUCCUCCAACACCAGCUCCGCCAGCUUCAGAUGGACCUCAGUUGUGCCAAGUCAGAACUCUCCAAGUACCAAAGCCUAGGCAUCACCAGUCAUGGCCUAAUCGCGGCAGCGGCUGCUGCAGCCACAGCUACAACUCAUCACCAUCAUCACCCGCAGAAUUUAGGCAUCAACUUCAUCGGUGGAGGUGGAAGUGGCCGCGAGCAGUACUACCAUCAUCAGUUUUUCCCCAGGGAUCAGCAACAAGUGAUCCGGGCUUUUGACGGGGGCAAUAAUUAUGAUGCCAGCAGCCUUCUUGCCAUGAAUGUUUCAGCAAGCAUUGGGCAGCUGAGUCAGUUUCAGCAUCCAAGAGCUGCUGGUGGAGACGGCAGACGAACGCCCAUUGAACCAUCUUAGGGUUUCACAUACUUCUUGGACUGAAAACCCUACCAAAAUCCACCUGUUGUUGGUAAAAGGAGAUGCCCUUACCCAGCUGCCCUAGCUGUUGUUGGGUUCUACUCCUUGUUGCUUUGGAUGUUACAAUAUUGCCUUACCAUAUUGUCAUCAUACUCUGACAAUUAUUAUGCUAAAUUUUUACAAGUUCAAUCCGACUAGAAUUUUGAUGAAAUCCCAUUUUUCUG